UUUCAUUAAAAAAUAGUUUAAUUGUCAUGUAUAUAGAAAAUACUGAUAAUGAUAUGGACUAUGGUCAGCUGAGGAUUUACAUUUACAUUGGUUAUGUAUGCAAAGUACAUUUUGAUAUUCUUUAAUUUUAUUGACAUUGAACAUAUGAAUUAAAUAAAAGUAUAAUGUACUUACCUGAAAUAAAGUGUUCAGAACAGACUUUGUAAUGCCUUUUGCCUGGAUGUGGUUUGAAAUUAGCGCAGUUAACACGUGAAAGCCAUAGCAUCCUUCUAUCUGUCGAAAUAUCCUCCGUCAGCUUACCUUGGUGACAGAUCACUUGGUAUGGUAUGUCAAAAACUUUAUAUUACGAUCUCCGUUCCCAGAUCGGUUGGUACAACCCCUCUAAAUUGAUCUUUAAAAUUGAGACACUUCAUACUAAACCAUUCUUUUCUAGAACCAAUAUCACCAAGAUACAAUUUUUUUAUUAUUAUUUUUUUGAACUACAAAGGUAUCUGACCCACACUCACACAUACUCUCUCUAUGCCAAAUGUUGCACCAUCUCACAUGUUCUACUGACCUCAGGUUGGCUAAAAAUGUCCUGGGGGUGGGAGCCUAGCUCUGAGUGGGCAGACAGUUUGCCACGCAGCUGUCAUUGUAAGGUCCACUGGGCUGUGAUUGCCAUUUCCCCCUUCGGAUUCACUGGUAUAGGGUGGGUGUCCAAUAGUGGGGGGGCUCAGCUCAUGGGACAAGGAGGAGGGGUGACUAUGCAACUUGCCGGACAAGACCUGAGGAUUGUAUUCAGUCAAAGGCCAGACUAAAAGACAUGUAAGGGGCACUUGGGCAGUAAACGAAGAAAAGGGAGGAUUAACAGGAUUCUGCUGGUGGCAUGAUACGGGAAGAUGGUGGUGAGAGGCUAAAAAAACCACAGAACACCAAGGAUAGGGAGGGAAGAGCCGAGUCUUUACUUCCAAGUCAAGGGAUCUAUCAGUGCAACGUGAUCUAGUAAGUCUUGCCCUAAAAAUACCUUUCGGCAGCACAGAGGAAUCCAUCUCUAUCAACUGACUUACCUGGUAAUCAUCAGUUUUGGGUUUUUUUUUUUCUGGCAGCUCUGGUUCAUAGAGUAGUCAUGAAGGCUUACAAAGGCAGAUGUGCUUGUGCGUGAUUAGAAUUAAAAAAAAGGACUAAUAACUAUUACUUAAAUCAGAGGCGCUGAGAAUAUGUUAGCAUUAAUGUCAGCCAGAGCUUUAGACACAGACAUUUGAAGUACAGUUACAGAACAAAUUGGGGGUUUUGGCAAAGUUAGUCAUAAUGAGGAAAUCAGAGGUGCAAGUGAACCUGAGAAAAGGGCCAGAUGAAGCAGUGGCCCCUGGAAGCCCAAUUAUCCCUCCAAAGCGCUCCAGAGGAAACCUAGAGCAAGUUGUCCCAGAGCCUCGAGGACCGGGUUACCCCAACCCGUCGGCACCAGUUUUUGUACGGAAAAUGAGAAACGCUGCCGUAGGGACAGGCUGUGACAUUCGUCUGAAGGUGACAGUGGCUGGAGACCCGCAACCCUCCCUGUACUGGUACCACAAUGAUGACCUGCUCAACAUGGAGAACCAGGAAUAUGGGGGACUCUGGAUAAGAGACUGCAAACCAAGUGAUGCCGGACUCUACACCUGCAUUGCCAAUAAUCACCUGGGAGAGGCUCGGAGCAGCGCUGUCCUCGCUGUCUUGGAUUUGGGAGAAGAUUCCGAAACAACAGAGGAUGAAGGUGAAGAAAACUUUGAGACCAAAGAAGAUGGCGGAGAUUUUGAGGACCAGGCUUUGCACACAGUGAUGGAAAAAAAUGCAGACGAUGAUAAUAAACCAUGUGGACAACAGGAUCACUUGGAUGCAGUCAGGAAUCAGUCUGAGGACUUUUCAAGAAAAUCUCCAGCUCAAGCCCUUCCACCUCCGUCCCCAAGGCUUGUCAAAUGUCCUUCCACCUCACCAAUGCAAAAUCGUUCUGGUUCAACCACACCCACUAGUUUACGAAAAAAAGUAGCUGUGCCAACUGAGUACCAAGACACCGUUCCUGGGGAGUUUGAAGAAAAGGUAAAGCAACCAAAGUCUGUAUCUCAAAUUACUACUCAGGACUCUCGUCCACAGACUCCAUCGAGUGAGUGCUCCCGUAAAGAAUUUACCCUCAGACCAUCCCCAAAGCUCACCAGGGCGAGCUCAAAGAUCUUCGAGAAGGUCCGUGGUUUAGAAGAGCGAAGGAAAAGCCUUGAUAUUCCGGAAGGUUCUUGCUCGGGUAGAUCCUGGGCGGGGUUCAAUCGUGCUGGAUCUGUGGAUUCUGACGAUGGGGGUAGUCGUUUGGGAAUCUCUCGGGAAAGUUCAAGGGAGGAUCUACGAGAGGCUCUGAAAGAGGACGCUGCUGAGAGGAGAUCAAUGUUUAGACAAAGAGCUGCGUCCCUUGAGGAGAAACCGCGCUACUCUCAAAAAGUCCAGGACAUUGAGAACAAGUUUGCAGAAGAACUCCAACGCAUAAAAAAACUGGUUGGGAAACCUCAUAUGAAGAAAUCUUUUUCCACUGAACAGCUAACUCUACGGGGCAAGCAGCGGCAGCCUUUCAGAAAAAUUGAACCAAUCCCUCCGCAAGUCCUUCAAAAACUCCAAGAAAGAGAACAAGCGCAGAGGGCCAAGGAGCAAAGAGAAAAAGACCCAAGUCCGCGUUCACUGCAAGACCACCAGCGGCAGCAGGAAGAGCAUAAAUCCCAACCUCAGACCACCGGCACCACAACGGUGACGGUCAGUAGAUUUGGAGAAGUUGCAGGCCCACCAGAGUCAAUGCAGUUGUCGGACCUACCAGGACAACGGUUUGUGAGAGAACUGAGUAGAGUCAGUCCUGUCACGGAAAUCAUUCAGAGAUCGCCGUCGCCAGCGCUGUAUAAUCAACAGAGGGAGGAUGGACCAGGUAGAACCACUGCAGAGAUGACUUUUCGAAAAAUUGAAAAAAGGCCACCAAGCCCUCUGGUACAAAGAGUGUCUAGAGGACAGGAACCCACACAUAUUCAGGACUCGGUUUUGCAAAAGGAUGAAAGUUCAGGGAGGAAAACGCCAAUAGAAGUAACGCUGAGGAAAUUAGAAAACAGGCCUGAAAGUCCGCUGGUACAGAAGAGAAUUCUUAUAGUUCCAGAUCCUCCACCUCAACCUCCUCCAAAAGCCCCGAGGUUAUCAGCAGCCAUGCCCACAGAGGAGAAAAUGGAAGUGGAGCUAUCGAAACCCACCGCCAAGAUCACCAUCCCUACGAUAAUUGUAGAGGAUGAAAAAAUGGAAGUGGACGUGCCUGAAAAACCAAGUGAGCUGCAGAAAACAACCACGGUUUCCAAAGAAGGACAGCAACAGAAGACCAGAGGAAAAAAACGGCGCCCACGACCCAUGUCACCGGAACUAGAUUCUUCCGACGACUCUUACGUGUCUGCAGAAGAGGACCCAAUAGAAUUCCCCGUAUUUGAGUUUCCGCUCCACGACACCACUGCAUCGGCCGGAGCAGAUGUACUCCUGAAAUGUAUCAUUGCUGGAGCCCCGACCCCUGAAGUGACCUGGACAAAAGACAACAAGAGUGUCACCGGUGUGGCAAAUUACACAGUCAAAGUAGAGGGUGAAAGGCACAGUCUGUUGAUCAAAUCAGCCAAGACGACGGAUGGAGGCAAAUACUGUGUCACUGCUGUGAAUCAGGUGGGCAAGGCAUCCAGCAGUGCCACCCUCACCGUUAAAGCAGCGUCUGUUCAGGAGCCCAGAGGAAUCCUGGGUGUUCCUCGGGACAUCAGCAGCCCGAUAACAUCCGAUGAGGAAUAUCUGAGUCCACUGGAGGAGGGCAUUGAUUUUGGAGGAGUGGAGACAAAGUCCACUAUUCCUGCACACUUUAGGAAACCUCCAGUUUUUCUGUCAACAGUGAGUGAUCAAGGCGUCAUUGAAGGUCAGGAGGUCACCAUGUCUGUUCGAAUAAGUGGACAACCCAAACCCAUGCUCUAUUGGCUGAGGGACAGAGUCACCGUAAAAACCGGGCCACGCCAUGUCGUGCGUGAGAAAGUAGACGGAACAUUUGAGAUGACGAUCAAGUCUGCUGUGAGGUCGGACUCUGGCGUUUACACCUGUAAGAUCAUCAAUGAAUAUGGAACGACGCAGUGUAAAGCCAAGCUGGAGGUCAAAGCUGCACCAUUUGAGCCAGGCCUCGCCGUCAUCCGUCCGGUCAAAGACAUCACAGCCAAGGCUGGGGAGACGGUCCUGUUUGAGUGUCACGUCCUUGGACCAAAAGACACGGAUGUGGACUGGAUGGCAGACGGAAAACUCAUCCAGCCCGCGCUGCUCAACUGCAAGAUGCACUUUGACGGUCGAAGAUGUCGACUGCUGCUGAACUCGGUGCACGAGGACGACAGCGGGACGUACAUGUGCAAGAUCAGCACGGCCAAAGGUGGGAGUCAAGGACGCGUGGUGACCGCAUUUGUCCAGAAAGAUCUUAUACUUAUUAUUGAAGGACGAAAUGCUCGUUUCGACUGUAAAGUCAGUGGGACGCCAUCACCCUCGGUCACGUGGACUCACUUUGACCAUCCGCUCUCAGAAAGUGAGGAUGUCCGUAUCAUUCAGGAAGGAGGCCGCCAUUCUCUGAUCAUUUCCCAUGUGACCAAUGACGAUGAGGGAUUUUACACCGUUAUCGCCCGUAACCGUCACGGUGAGGCCGAAAGCUCGGCGGAACUUUACAUCCAAGAACCACGGCCAGCUAUCUCCUCACAAAUGGCCAAGUUGGAGAAGAUGCCGUCCAUCCCUGAGGAACCGGAGGUGCCGGAGAACGAGAUGGAGCGUCUGACCAUGCCGGACUUCAUCAAACCUCUUUAUGAUCUGGACGUCAUCGAGGGGAAGGAGGCUGUGCUGAAAUGUAAAGUGGCCGGUUUACCCUACCCAACAAUCGUCUGGUUCCACAACGGGAAAAGGAUCGACAGCACGGAGGACAGAAAGAUGACUCAGUUCCACGACAUCCACAGUCUGGUCAUCCGCUCUGUGUGCCACGCCCACGGGGGGGUCUACAAGAGUGUCAUUUCUAACAAAGUAGGCAAGGCGACCUGCUAUGCUCAUCUCUAUGUGACAGAUAUCCUCCCUGAUCCUCCUGAUGGGAUGCCUGUGGUUGAGUCAAUCACUGGAAAAACUGUGUCGUUGAGCUGGAAGAAACCAAGACGCCUGGACCCAUCUAUUGACCCCAGCUCGCUGAUGUAUGCCAUUCAACAACAAGCCCUGGGCUCCAUCCAGUGGACCAUCAUCGCCUCCGGUCUGAAGGACACCACCUACACCAUCACCACCCUCUCCAAAGGCGUGCGUUAUGCUUUCAGAGUUCUGACCAUCACUUCCAAGGCUUUCAGCAAACCUUCUCCUGCAACUGACCCAGUGCAGCUUCUGGACAGAGGUCCUUAUCUCCAGGAGUCCCCUGUGAUCAUGGAUAAGCCAGAGAUUGUUUAUGUGAUGGAGAACCAGUCAGUCACAAUCACCGUCACCAUCAGUCACGUCAACGCUGUUGUCAUCUGGAAGAGGAGGGGGGAGGUGCUGUCUAGUAAGCCGGGCCUGUAUGAGAUGGGGAUGCCGGAUGACGACCAGCACACGCUGAAGCUGCUGAAGGUCAAGGCUUCUGAUGUGGGAGAAAUCCUGUUCAUGGCCUCUAACAAGUAUGGCAACGACAGCUGCACCUUCAGUGUGGAGAUGGCAGCGCCACCAACAUUUGAAACCAUCAUGGAGGACCUGGACGUCUGCGCUGGAGAGUUACCACAAUUUGCUGUGGUCGUGGAAGGCAAACCCAUUCCUGACAUCUUGUGGUUCAAGAACGACGUCCUGCUGUCCGAGGGCAGUCAUUUCACCUUUGUCUACGAUGAUAACGAAUGUUCCCUGGUGAUCCUGAACGCACAACCGGAGGACUCUGGAGUCUACACCUGCACCGCCAGGAACCUGGCAGGAUCUGUGUCUUGUAAAGCCGAGCUCACGGUUCACGAAGCUAAAAGUAAGGAGGACUCCGUGGAUGAUGAGGAGACUAUUCUGAGGAAAAUGCGAAGGUUGACCGACUACUAUGACGUCCAUAAAGAAAUAGGCAGAGGGGCAUUCUCCUAUGUCAAACGUGUGACCCAGAAAGUGGACAAGACGGAGUACGCAGCGAAAUUCAUCUCCACACGGGCCAAGAAGAAAACGUCAGCUGUGAGAGAAAUGAACCUGCUUUCCAAGCUUGACCACGAAAGACUGCUUUACUUUCACGAUGCCUUUCAGAAAAAAAAUACAGUCGUCAUCAUCACAGAACUAUGUCAUGAAGAGCUGCUGGACCGGUUUAUUAAGAAAUCAACGGUGAUGGAUUCUGAUGUACAGUCAUGUAUAAAGCAGGUGCUGGAGGGGUUGGACUACCUCCAUCAUCAGAGCAUCAUACACCUGGACAUCAAGCCUGAUAACAUCUUAAUGGCAGAUCCACGUUCUGACCAAGUCAGAAUCUGUGACUUUGGCAAUGCGGUGAUGACCACGCCUGACGAGGCCCAGUACUGUAAAUAUGGCACGCCAGAAUUUGUGGCACCAGAAAUAGUCAACCAGACGCCUGUGUCAAGAGCGACAGAUAUUUGGCCAGUGGGAGUUAUUGCAUAUCUGUGUCUGACAGGAGUUUCUCCAUUCGCGGGUGAAAACGACCGCAGUUCAGUGCUGAACAUCAGGAACUAUAACGUGGCCUUCGAGGAGAGCAUGUUUGCCGACCUUUGCCGGGAGGCCAAAGGUUUUAUUAUAAAGCUGCUGGUAGCCGACCGACUGAGACCAGACACCCAGGAGUGUCUCAGACACCCGUGGUUCAAGACAACCAGUGAAGGAAAGGCUAUAAGUACAGAGGCACUUAAAAAGUUUGUCUUGAGAAGGAAGUGGCAGCGUUCCCUCAUCAGCUACAAAUCCAAAAUGGUCCUGAGGUCCAUACCUGAACUGCUGGACGAUUCCUCCAAUCAUAUAUCCAUCGCCGUUGCCAGGCAUCUCAAAGGGGGUUCACCUCUGCCAUCAUCGUCCUCAGAUUCCGAUGAAGAUAUCGACGAGCUGCCGUUUAUCCCGAUGCCCCUGCACAUGGAAUUCUCUGGAUCCAGGAUCUCUUUGACUGAUAUCCAGACCAACGACAGUGAAUCCAGACAGAUGAACGGGAACGGUACAUCGUCAGGGUCGCCUGUUCAAACUCAGGAGAUGAUGGAGUGUGAAGCUCCAGAAAUAGGUAAAACUGUUGAAGUCUCAAGCAAAGCAAAGAGCCGGUACCGAAGGGCGUCAUCGCAAGACAAUGACAAGAGUUCUUCGGACGAGGAGCCGCCGGCGGAGCUGCCCCAGAAGUCAGAGCUGUCGAGAAAACCUCUGCAGAGAGGGUCCAGCGUGGAGUCAGACAAACCAGUGAGUGGACCACGCAGAGGGGAACUCAGACGGGGGGGCUCAGCUGACAGUGCCUUGUUGCUCCGUAUCAAACCAGAGGAAGAAGCUGGAGAAGGAAGUCAAGAAAACGGCAGGAAAGUUCUGAAAAAGGCCGUCUCCAUGGAACUGCCGAGAAGAAGCCCCAGCCCAGGAACCACCAAAAUGAGUCAGGAGGACUACGCACUUAAACUGGAAAUGAUGAGGCAGCGACUGCUGCGCGGUGGUUCUGUGGACAACAAGAUGAGCGGACUCAGAGGGCCACUGCUGGAAACAUUGGGGAUGGGUGAGGAGAAACGACCGAUAUCUUCAGAUCGGUUCACGCGGACUAAUCGUUUAUGUCCGCCACCUCUCGUUAGAGCUGCGUCUAGUGACUCUCCCAGAGAUGAUGUUUCCAAGUCUAAAGUUUUGCGCAAAAGUGCAUCUUUUAGUCAAGGCGACUCAGAGCCUAUAAUCCUCCACCGCAGGUCAGGAGCUCCCCUGGAGAUUCCCUUGGCACAGACCGAGGAACGAAGGCUGAAAGAAGCCAUAUCUAUGUCAGCUCUAACUGAGCAAAUCAACCUAAAUUCUCGUCCAGUGACUCCGAGAGAACCGUCGCCAAGACCGCCCACUCCAGAAUCUGUGGUGCAGGAAAGCCCGACUAAAACUGAAAGUGAAGAAUCAUUAAUGGAAAAAGAGAUAAAAACCGAUGAGAUAACGAGUGAGAAGAUGGAUGGAUUGACUACAGACUGUAACUUUGAUGAAAGGUCGAGCACCAGUGGCUUCUCAGAAAAGGAUAUGAGUAUAUCAGAGGAACCCAUGGUUGAAGCCGAGUACGUGGACCAAAGAGUACCCACGCCUCCUUCUGUGGUCCAGUCCUCUGAACCAGAAGAGAAAAUGGAUGAGAAAAAAGUGAAUGAAAAAGAGUGUGAAGAAAGUGAGGAGGUCAUGGAAGAGGAAAAAGUUGUCAGUGUUUCUGACGUUGAAAAGGAAAAUGUAGAUGUUAGUGUAGAAAAGAUAGAAGAAGUAGAAGAAGUAGAAGAGGUUCAUAUGACAGAUACGUCAUCUGAGAUGGUUAGAACCACAAGCUCAGUGGUGCUGAGCCCAACACAGGAGAAUUCUCAUCCCCCAACGAGUGUCGUACCCACCUACGUCACACCCUCACUUCCUCCACGUGUUGUUCUUCCAGAUGGAACGACUUCAGCAUACGCAAGUAUCAUGCAAACCAUUAUGGUUCCUUCACUCCAGCCCGUCAGUGAGUCGUCAACACCGACCGCUCCAGCCUCGUCGACACCUGCAGCGUUGACUGAAACGUUUCUGUCCACACCCUCCACGGCCAACGUACCCUCAGCCCUGACAAAGCCGGCCUCCGCGUCAUCCACAGAACACCCGGCUGUUUACUCAAGGGUAGCAUCACCAGAGUUGAUUUCAAAAGAACCCAGCCCUCCGAGGUUGGCCACACAAUUUUCCUCACAACAAGAGCUUUCGGCCGGAGCAGAUUUAGAAGACAUUACCUCUGAAGAAGUCUUUGAGGCUCGCUUCAAAAAGCGUGAAUCUUCUCUUUCGAGGAGUCUUAAGUUUUUAUCCAGGUCCAGGAACGAUGAAAAGUCCCUGGCGUCCUCUGACUCCACAGAGGCUGGUGAAGAGAUAUACAGACCUGGACCAAUUGGUGCACCAUUGGAACUGGGCCCAAGGAGACUAGAAGAGAAGUCCAAGUCAGUCCAGGAUCUCCGUGAAGCUCAGAAAGACCAAGGCUUCAUGAGGAGACUCUCCAUGCGCCUGAAACGAUCUCCAUCCACUGAACGCAAAGAAGACUCCACCAAGGAAGAGGAUUCAGGUGCCUCCAGACGCAGGCUGUCUUGGUCUCUUGGCCGAAGAGGAUCACAGGACAAGAAGGAAGUGGAGAUGACGCGCACGGACAAACCUGCAGAUCCCUCAGCUGAUCAGGAUGAAAAAGAGGUGAAAAAACCUAAUGAAUCCCCAGUGUUGGCGAUGCGAAGGAAGAUUGAAUCGACAGUGGCAGGGAUUUCUACCAGAAUUCGCAGCUACUCGGAGGAGAGGCGGUCCUUGGAGGAAAAGGAACAAAAAAGAACACCCAUUCUGUCAAUCCUUCGUCGUGCAACAUCAGAGACCCGAAAUAUUAAGGUACCGAACGUUCAAAACCAGCUAGCAGCUCAGACUGGUACCUCAUCAGAGUCUUUAGACACCAUGUCUCCUCUGAGAGCCGACACAUCCAGAGGUGUGGAGGUGGAGCACAGAUCUCGCUGGGAUAGAUGGGGCCUGACCAGAGGGAGGCGAGACAAGACGGUGUCACAGCCUGACAUACCAUCGGCAAUCUCCAGAGAAAACAGUUCCAUACGAUCACGUCAAUACUCCAAGCUAGCCUCAGACUUCCCUCCAGUGUUCCACAUCAAGCUGAGAGAUCAUGUCCUGCUGGAGGGAGACCCAGUGACACUCAGCUGUCUGCCGGCUGGCAGCCCCCACCCACAAGUCAACUGGAUAAAAGACAAGAAGCCCCUGGAGAUCGAUGCCAGGAUGAACAUGAUUGCCUGCCCUGACGGUCGGCAGCUGCUGAUGAUCAUGCACACGACCAAGAAGGACGCGGGCGUUUAUGAGUGUGUGGCUACGAACCCGCUGGCCUCCAUGUCCAGCUCGUGCACAAUAUCUCUUGCCCGUCUGCCCAACCGCCCUGGAACUCCAGAGAUUCCACAGAAGUAUAACAACACUGCUCUGGUGCUGUGGAGACCCUCUGACACCAUGGCUCCCUGCACGUACUCCCUGGAACGGAAAACUGAAGGUGAAACCAACUGGCUGAUUGUGGCCACAGGGGUUGCUGACUGUUAUUACAAUGUAGUUGACCUGCCAGCAGGGGGCUCAUUCAGAUUCAGGGUGGCAUGCGUUAACAAGGCCGGCCAGGGCCCCUACAGCAGCGUCUCCCAGCUGGUGAGGCUGGAGCCUUCAGAACCAGUUAAAUCCAGUGCUGCUGUGGUGGUGAAGACCGUCUCUGCACCGUCACCUGCUCCCCCUGUUGUGAUGAUGUCAUCCAUGAAAGUGCCUCUUAUCAAACCAGCUCCAAGUAACUCUACGGUGACGGUCGCUCUGACUCCGCCCCCCUCUACCUCAGCUCCCACUGUAUCAGUGACUAAGACUUCCUCUCCGAUAACCAUCAAACCUGCCGUUCAAGUUGCUGAGCCUCUUCCAGUCGUCACUUCCUCUGUUACUGCAGCUACAACCGCUCAACCUGCAGUUCAGACCGCCACCACAACAAGCGUCCAAACCACACCAGCCAAAGCCAAAACCACCCUGAGCAUCAGCGUCAGCAAACCCCAAACCAAGCUGACGUCACCGCCUGUUGUUCCUCCCAAACCUCGAAGUCCUAUGACUGCGCCCCCCAGUGUAACCACCAAGCCCCCCUCCCCAGACCCCCCCCCCGCUGCCGUCAUCGGGAAACCUCUACCGGUGUACGUGCCGGCGGCACCCGCACGACCUCCUCCGAUUUGUCAACCCACUUCAACAACAACAACAACAACAACCGCCGCAGCAACAGUCACACCUGCGACCCUCUCACCGCCCGUGGUGGUGGUGCAGAGCCUGACGCCUGUGGUGCUGCAGGGAGCUGACGGCAGGGCCACCCCAUCUGGACGGCUGACGCCAUCGGGGCGGAUCACGCCGUCUGGACGCAGGACACCGGUGGGCAAAGCCAGUGAGGGAUCUCUGCGGCAGGGAGUUCCACAGAAACCCUACACCUUCAUGGACGAGAAAGCAAGGGGGCGCUUUGGCGUGAUCCGUGAGUGCCGAGAGAACGCCACAGGAAACCUGUACAUGGCCAAGAUUGUUCCGUACGAGGCGGACACCAAGCAGACCGUGCUGCAGGAGUAUGACAUCCUCAAGUCUCUUCAUCAUGACAGGAUCAUGGCUCUGCACGAGGCCUACGUCACGCCACGCUACCUGGUGCUCAUCGCAGAGUACUGCAGCGGAAAAGAGCUGCUCCACAGCAUCAUAGACCGAUUCCGUUACUCUGAGGAUGAUGUGGUCAACUAUAUCCUGCAGAUCCUCCAGGGUCUGGACUACCUUCACAACCGACGCAUCCUCCACCUGGACAUCAAACCAGAGAACAUUAUUGUCACCUACAUGAACGUCAUCAAGAUCAUUGACUUUGGCAGUGCUCAGAACUUCAACCCUCUUUUCCUCAAGCAGUUCAACCCCCCCGUUGGAACACUGGAGUACAUGUCUCCAGAGAUGUUGAAAGGUGACGUAGUCGGACCUCCAACUGACAUCUGGAGUGUGGGCGUUCUGACCUUCCUCAUGUUGAGUGGCAGAUCUCCCUUCAUGGACGUCGAUCCUCAGGAGACUGAAGCCAGGAUCCAGGCGGUAAAGUUCGACCUCUCCAAACUCUACCAGAACGUGUCCCAAAGUGCCUCUCUGUUCCUCAAGAAGAUCCUCUGUAGCUACCCCUGGGCUCGUUCAUCCAUCAAGGACUGCUUCAAUAACCCGUGGCUUCAGGACGCCUACCUGAUGCGUCUUCGCAGGCAGACGCUGACUUUUACAACCACCCGCCUCAAGGAGUUUUUAGCCGAACAGCAGCGAAGACGGGAACAGGCGGCUACCAAGCACAAAGUUCUUCUGCGGUCCUACAAGAGCUCGACACCAAACCCCACCAGCCCCACCAGCCCCGCUGCACCACAUGUGCCAGCCUCACCCAGCGCACCAGUCACCCAGUGAAAAAAAAAAAAAAAACAGGCUUCCAAACAUCAAGGAACUAUGGGAGGGGGUGAGGUCACAGGGUGAGGAAGACACUGUGGGGCCACAAGGUGGAGCUGAAUCCCUCUCAGGUCUGAGGUGGUGAACUUCAUCAGAGGAGGAACAGACUGAGGAGAACCUCCUUCACGUGAAGGGUUUUAUUUCUAAAGAAGGAUUGAUUCAGACGGAGAUUUUUUUUUUUAAUAUAGUGAGAACGUUGUUCUUUCAGUUAGUACCUCAAGGUUUGUCUUUGUGCAUUCGUGGCUUACACUGAGGGUAGGGGGCGCAGCAGUGUAGUGACCCCGCGGUCACCUCUAGACCUUGUGGAUGUUUUGACGUUGUUGUUGCUGUGGUGAGAUUUCUACAGGGUUUGACAAACAAGCACAGCUCCAUUUGGGAGCUCGAUUCCAUAGCAACACCUCAACUCCUUCAUGUUCAGAUUUAUUGAUUAGACACCUCUGAAAACCCACGUCAUGUCCUGAAUUUAAAAAAAAAAAAAAAUCUGAAUUGUUUAUUGUCGGUUUUAUCUUAAACUUCUUCCUUAAAUACAGCAGUGUAAUUUGUGCCAAAAAGGUUUUUGUUUUUUUUUUGUU